AAUAUCCUCGUCGAAACUGGAAAAGAUAGAAACGUUCCAUUUAUAACAGACUUCGGACUCGCGUCAGUACGCGGACCCAUACAGGGUAGCGCAUUCCUCCGGACAUUCAGCGAUGUCCCGGGUGCAAUUAGAUGGGCAGCGCCAGAACUUAUUACAAAAGAAGUCGAAAGCCCCACAAUCUGCAGCGACAUUUAUUCUUUCGGCAGCGUUGCAUUGCAGAUCGCCACUGGGAAAGUUCCGUGGAGUGAACUGGAGGACGAUUUUGAUGUCGUUGUGAAACUAAGUCAGGGCCUUGUCCCUCCUCGCCCAGAGGACUCUUGGAUCAACGAUACUCUUUGGGCAUUCAUUGAAAGCUGUUGGGAGUUCAUUCCAGAGGAUCGGCCAACUUCU